UGACGUAAAGCAAUCUUGGAUUACCUGGAGCAAUAUCUGAUUACAAUUACCUACAGGUACAGAGCAACACUGGACAGCAUUACAAAGCACAUCCGGAUUGUUUACCUGGCUCUGGAAAAUGAAAAGUGACUAUAGGAGAAUACAUGGGUUAACUUGGACAUGGCUGGCAUUAUGGGUUUUUCAGUCUCGGACCUAUUCAGUUUCUUCAAUGAUAUUUUGGACCGCAUAUGUUGAGGUGUUCUACAUGAACCAAGAAACUAAUCAAACGAUGAGCAGUAUGUGUGAGUGCGGAGUGUAUGGAUCAAAAUCACCUUUGAAACAGGCCGCUGGAUUAGUGGGGCUUCCAAUUUCAGAUUCACUGGCCUGCCAGCCGAAUACCACAUUCAACAAAAAAGACGAGCCAUGGAUAGCUCUCAUCAAAAGAGGCAACUGUACCUAUUCAAAGAAAAUUCAAGCCGCUAGACGAGCGGGAGCAUCGGCCGCAGUCAUUUACAAUGUAGAUGGGCCUGGAAAUGGGACAAACACAAUGUCUCACGCAGAAACGGAAGGCAUAGUAGCAAUUAUGAUUGGACAUAAUCUGGGCAGAGACAUUAUAGACCUGAUUGAGAGUGGGACUGAUGUCUAUAUGAACAUAGAAGUGGCUAACCGACAUGGUCCCUGGAACCCUUUUUGGAUUUACAUCAUGUCUUUCAUCUUCUUUGGUAUAACAGCUAUUAUUCUGGGCUACUUCAUCUUUGUAGUCCUUAGCCGGUUCUACCAAAACCGACAGCUUCGGAUCCACCAGAAAAAGCUUAAAAAAGUGGCAGAGAAAGCUGUUGCCAAAUUAGAAGUUCGGACUCUUCGGCGAACUGAUCCGGAAGUUGAAGCAGAAGAGAGCAGCUGUGUUGUUUGCUUGGAUGCCUUUAUGAGGUGUGAUGUCGUGACAACUCUGCCUUGCAGCCAUAUUUUCCACAAAACGUGCAUUGAGCCAUGGUUACUGGAACAUCACACCUGUCCAAUGUGUAAAUAUGACAUUCUUAUAGGAGAGCCUGGCCAGGAAUCCCCUAUACCACCAGCAGAUGUCAGAUUUUAUCCAAGUUCUGUGUCAGGUUUACUGAUCAACUCCCCAGGGGUGGUCACGUCUACAGAGCAACAAGGAUUCCAGACUACUGAAUUUGCUGCUGAAGAGCAAAACAGCAGCCGAAUGGAUCACAGCUAUAUGAACCCAGCAUUUGAAGAGGAACACCAGAUCACUGACAUUUAUUCGCAUCAAGUUUAAAGAUUUCAUGCAGUUUCUUAAAUUGAAGUGUAUUUCCUAUUUUAUAGCAUGACAAUAAAGGAUCUGUGUACUUAUUUGUGCCAUUUAGAUCUAUUUGAACAAGUAGUACUAAUAACCAUAUUGCAAUGGUUUGUAUGUAUUUGAAUGAUAAAAAAAUAUGAAACUGAAAUCCAGCAGAUAUUUAGAAUGAAGUGUCACUAUAAAGUUCUUAAUUUAGAAAAAAAAUAUGCACAUUGCAGGUUUUCAAAAAUGUGUAGUUCAAGAUCAUUUGCUUAGUGGUCUGCUGUGCAAAGAAUAUUUUACUUAUGAAGAACCUCAAUAGAUUCUAAGAAUCUGCAAGUGAUUUAUGCAUGUUUCUGCACUGUGCAAUCAAAUAAUUUAUAGUUUUUCCCACGUACUAGUGUUUAAUCAUUAUUAUUGCUUACUGUUCAUAUGUUCAUUGGCCAGUGAGAUUAUAUAAAUAAAUACAAAUAUUUUAAUGA